AUGCCCCUGCUGCAGUCAUGGUUGCUCCCCAGUCGAGCUCUAUGCCGACCCCUUCCCGACAAAGCAAGCCUUCAAGUUAACCCCUUACAAUUCCGAUCGGCCCUCCACCACAAUUUCUCCACCUCCCCAAUCCGCCCAUACCGACCUCUCGACACCCUCCCCGACUCGCGUAUCACCACCUUCCAACAACAAUGUUUUCUCCCCGAGAAACCCGCCAUCCUCCCUCGCUCCGAGUUCCUUAAUACACCUGCUCGAACAAAAUGGUUCCAAACCAACAGUGAUAAGGGCAAUGGCAAUGGCUCGCCGUCAAACGGACCCGAUCCCAAUCAACCAAUCGCCAGCCUAAACACCGAAUACCUCCAAACCCACGGCGCGGACGCCUUCGUUCCCCUCGAGCUUACAGAACUGAUCGAUCCACUCGCAUCAGAAGUACAAAGCUUCCGCCAAUUUCACGCCCCGCUACACCUCUUCCUAGAAUGGAUGCGCGUGGCCAAGACCUCACCCCAAGCAACGAGACUCUACCUAGCACAAUGUCAACUUCUCGACCUACCCCCCAUUUUGCGCGACGACGUUCCAACGCCAGAUAUAGUCGCGCGUGCUGGGAAGGGCGAUGUAUACGAUGCGAAUGUCUGGAUUGGCCAUCCACCGACCUAUACGCCUCUGCACCGUGAUCCGAAUCCGAAUCUCUUUGUUCAGCUUGCGGGGCGCAAGAUUGUCAGGCUGCUCGCUCCGGGGGAUGGUCAGGCUGUUUUCGCGAGUGUUAGGCGGUCGUUGGGGAAGAGGAGUGAUCGGGGUGCGGCGGCGAUUCGUGGGGUGGAAAUGAUGCAGGGAGAAGAGCGGGCGCUGUUGGAUGAGAUGGUUUGGAGUGUUCCUGCUUCUACUGGUUCGGAAGGGAAGGGGUUUGAGGCUGUGCUGGAUGCUGGGGAUGGGUUGUUUAUUCCGAAGGGGUGGUGGCAUAGUAUUAAAGGUGUUGGAGAGGGCGUUACUGCGUCGGUCAACUGGUGGUUUCGAUGA